AUGGAAGAAAUCGAGGAGGAACCAGAUAGCACGAUUAGUGACGGAGUUAACAUCUUCGAUGACUUCGCUGUUGACAAGGCUGAAGAGAGCGACGGCAGUUAUCCGGCCAUCAAUGAGACAACUUCUUUUGCGCCAGCAUUGAGAAAAUCCAAUCUUGAAAUUAAUGAUGACAAGCCUAAAGUUGAGGAAGUCAAGACGUUCUACUCAAUUCCAGAAUUUAUAGUUUGUGAGAAACACGAUGGUGACAGCAACGACUUUUUUGACACAUCACCCUCCGUGAUAAAAGACUUUUUACUGGCUCAAGUGCUUGGUAUACGAAUAUUUGUAUUUGUGCUGCAACUGCUAUUUAAUUCAUGGGAUUUUUCAACAGAUGCGUUUAAAGGAGUCCCGGUUGAAGAAGGUAUAUUCCAUUAGUU